ACUUAUGAACUUGUUUUCCGUACUUCUAUUAGGAAAGUCAUUUUUCUCAUUUCGAAGAACUUCUUUUCCUAGAGGAAUUGUUCUCCAAACCUUUUGAGUUUUGACCAACCAAACAGGAAGAUUGGAAAACAUGUACCAAAAUGCCCUUUAAAUUUUGCGGUUUUAAACAUGUUCAUGUGGAAAACUAAAUUUAAAGAGUUGCCAAAAAAAGAAAAAAAAUAUUUCUUUUUGAAACGAACAAAAAAGAAAAGUAAGACAAAGAAAUUGAAACGGAGAGUAGUAUAAAGUGCCCUUUUCUGUUCUUUCCCCCCUAAAAGUUUCUGUCUUUUGAGCUUAGAAGUUGGCAGCUUCUAUGAGUGUGUCAAAAAAUAUUUUUUAAUAUUGGGAGUUCGGAAAAGAAACUGAUUUAUCUUGUUGGCUUGUGGUUUUCAAGAGAGACAUUUUUCGACUGCACUGUAGAAGAUAUACUACUCAACUAGUUAUAAGCUGCAAAUUAUUAAAUAGGCCGAAAAGAAUUGAGGGCUGAGGAGGUAAAUGGGGAUGCCAUUAUACAGUCGGGCCAUCCUUUACGCUCUAAUAGAUUUGAUCCCUCACUCGUCGUUCAAGUCUCGUGGCAACCAAGGUCAGGUGCAUGGAAUGAGAAAUAGCUCCACAAUUGAUAAUGCUUCUGUGGAUGCAGUGAAGUUUCCAACUAUGGGUAUUCCCGUAGAUGCAAAGGAUCCUACUUCCUCAAGGAUCGAAGAAAGGAUCUCAGCUUGGACCUUUCUGCCAAAAGGAAACAGCAAGCCAUUGCAUGUUCUGCAUUCUGGACAUGAGAGUUUAAAGGGGAAUUAUGGUUAUUUUGAGAGGAACUCCACACUCAAGUCCAGCGAACCAUUAAUGGCGACUGUCAUUUUGUAUCUAUCAAAUGUGACACAGGGUGGUCAGAUCCUCUUCCCUGAGUCAGAGAAUAAGAUAUUGUCUGACUGUACGAAGAGUAGCGACUCCCUGAGACCAACUAAAGGAAAUGCAAUUGUGUUCUUCAAUGUCCACCUCGAUGCAUCCCCUGACAGGAGUAGCUCCCAUGCAAGAUGCCCUGUUAUUGAUGGUGAAAUCUGGUAUGCCAUCAAAUUCUUUUAUCUCAGAAGUAUAACUGUACAAAAGGAUCCAUUACAACCAGAUGGUGACACCUAUUGUACCGAUGAAGAUGAGAACUGUACGCGAUGGGCUGCUACUGGAGAGUGUGAAAGGAAUCCUGUUUUUAUGGUUGGUUCUCCUGAUUAUUAUGGUACAUGUAGGAAAAGUUGUAAUGCGUGUUGAUUCUUUAUGUAACGAUUAUAUGUACCUUUACUGGCAUUGUUUGUGACAAAAUCUUCUGCUUAAUAUAGUCCGAAAUUAUUUUUUUUUC